AUGGGCGGCCACCGGCACCCGAGCGACGCGGACGCGCGGCGCCUGCGGAGCUACGAGUCGAUCCAGUACCUGCCGCCGAACAGCGCGGCCUAUCGCAAGGGCGCGCGGUCCCUCCGGCCCGCGGCGCUGUCGCCGGGCUCGCAGCGCUGGUGCAUGGCCGCGCUGAUCGGGUUGACGACGGGCUGCGUCGGCUUCGGGCUGAAGACGGCGCUCUUCGCGCUCGAGGGCGGCCGCCUCGCGGUCCUCGAACGCCUCGCGACGGACAAAACCAUGUGGCUCGCGGCGCUCUGGGCCGGGUCGAGCGCCUUCGCGCUCGCGGGCGUGGCCGCGGCCAUCACGGCCUACGGCGCGCCCGCGGCGUCGAGCAGCGGCGUGCCCGAGGUCAUCGCGUACCUCAACGGCAUCACGAUCCGCGAGGCGUUCAACCUGCGGACGGCGCUGGCCAAGUUCGCGUCCUGCGCCUGCGCCGUCCAGCGCGCCGUCGCGUCGGGCCUCGCGGCGGGGCCCGAGGGGCCCAUGAUCCACCUCGGCGCGAUCAUCGGGCGGGGUUUGAGCCAGGCGGAGUCGGCCGCGCUCGGGCUCAACUUCCCGCGCGCGUUUCCCGCGCUCCGCAACUCGCGGGACCUGCGGGACCACGUGUCCCUGGGCGCGGCCUGCGGCGUGUCCGCGGCCUUUGGGGCGCCCAUCGGCGGGCUGCUCUUCGCCGCGGAGGAGGUCGCGAGCUUCUGGUCCACGGAGCUGAGCUGGCGCGUCUUCUUCGCGUGCGCCGUCGCGACGACGACGCGCGACGUGCUCCUCGCCGUCGGCGCCGGCGGCUUCGGCCCGAUCCGCAGCCGCGCGCUCGUGCUCUUCCACAUCACGUCCGCGGCGCGCCGGUCGCACGUGCUCCACUUCGCGGCGGCCGCGUGCUGCGGCGUGCCCGGCGGCGCGCUCGGCGCGCUCUUCAUCCGCGCGCAGGCCGCGCAGGCCGCGCUCCGCGCGCGGUGGCGCACGAACGACACGCGGCCGAAGAAGGUGCUCGAGGCCGCUUCCGUCGCGCUCGCGACGGCGCUCGUCUUUCUGGGCGCGUCGUUCGCGCUCGGCUGCGACACGGCGUGCGGCGACGGCGACUGCCACGCGCAGCAGCUCGAGGAGGCCUACAUGCGCUACUGGUGCGACGACCGGCGCGUCGCGCGCGGCGCCGCGCUGCUGUUGACGGGCGGCGAGGAGACGGCGCUCGCGCUCUGCUUCGGCGUCUAUUUCUGGGCCGCGGUGAGCGCCAUGGGCCUGAGCCCGGCGACGGGCAACGUGAUUCCUUUGCUGAUCAUGGGCGCGCUCCUCGGCCGCCUCUUGGGCGCGUCCGUCGCCGCGGUCCUCGACGUCGACCCGGACGGGAGCGACCUCUGGGGCGACCCGGGCGUCUGGGCCGUGCUCGGCGCCGCGUCCGUCUUCUCGGGCGUGACGCGCCUGACGAUCUCGCUGACGGUGAUCCUCUACGAGAUCACGGACGACGUCGCGCUGCUGCUGCCGGUCAUGUUCGCCGUGCUCGUCUCGCGGACCGUGGCCAUCAAGCUCCAGGCCGAGAGCCUCUACCACGUGCUGCUGGAGACCAAGUCCGUGCCCGUGCUCCUCGAGUCGAGCGACAAGCACUACGACGUCGGGCCGGGGGGAUUGGACGUGCUGCCCGUGACCGACGCCAUGUCCCCGGACCCGAAAUGCGCCUACACGACGACGACGGCGACGGACGCGGCCGCGCUCCUCGCGGCCGCGCGGCACCACACCUUCCCCGUGCUUCGGCCGAGCGACGGCCGCUGCUGCGGCACGAUCACGCGCGACCACCUCCUCGCCGUGCUCCGGCGCCACGCGGCCGAGCGCGUCGAGCCCGCCGGCGUCCGGGCGCCCGGCGACGGCGGCCUCGAGGGCGUCCAGAUGCCGUCGACGCGCGAGCGGGGCGCCCGGAUGCCGUCGAGGAGCGGCGACGACGACGGCCCCGCCGACGACGGCGCCGACGACGACGACGGCGGCGAAGACCCGCUCCGCCUCUCGCAGCUCCAGCACCUGUCGUCGCCCGCGACGCGGCCGAUCUUGGACGCGCGAGAGGAGUCGCGGCUCCUCGCGCUCGUCAAGGGCGACGGGACGCCCGUGGAGCUCGGCAGCUACGUCCACGCCUCGGCCAUCAAGGUCCAGGCCGACUUCUCCCUCGCGCGGGCCCUCAUCCUCUACCGCACGCUCGGGCUCCGCGCGAUCGUCGUCGUCGACGUCGACAACCGCGCCGUCGGCAUGCUCACGCGCCAGGACCUGCUGCCCUUCCACGUCAACGACUACCGGUCGAGGCGCGCCGACAGCGAGGCCGCGACGGUCUGCGACGGCGACGACCCCACGGAGCUCGAGGCGACCGCCGCGGAGCUCGCGGACCUCGUCUAA